UUAUUGUAAAGUGUCAAUUUACAUAGCAAUUAUUAGCUUAGUUUUCCACUAAGAACCCUCCUUCAACUCCAACUAUCCCCAAUUUUUUAAAAAAAAAAAAUCUAUUUAUGGAUAAGCUUGUUUCAAGCUGGUACAAUGAUCAAUCUUUGCCUGAAUCUUACAUAUUCCCACCCCAUGAAAGACCUGGCAAGCUACUUGUUCCUAGGUGCAACACCGUGCCGGUAAUCGAUCUCAGCGAUACCCGAACCAAUUUAGUUCACCAAAUCUUGAAGGCUAGCCAAGAGUUCGGAUUGUUUCAGGUUGUUAACCAUGGGGUUCCUCCAAAUAUCAUGAGUGAAACCAUGAGUGUUUUCCACAAGUUCUUCGAGUUACCUGCCGAAGACAAGGCAAGCCUCACCGUGUACACAAACGAUCCAAAGAGAUGCAAGCUGGUAACCAGCACUUUGGAUUACGACCGCGAAAAGAUCCACCUGUGGCGCGAUGUUUUAAGACACCCUUGUCAUCCGGACUGCAUCGAAUUUUGGCCUCGAAAGCCCCUUAGAUACCGAGAGGUAGUAGCAGCAUGUUCAAUUGAAGCAAAGAAAUUAGGAUUACAAAUCCUUGAGUUACUUUGCGAAGGCAUAGGCAUUGAACAUGGGUACUUCGAACACGAACUAACCGAAGAUCUGCUACUAAGGGCUAACCAUUAUCCACCAUGCCCUGAUCCAAGUUUAACUCUAGGAAUUCCUAAACAUUUUGACCCUGAUAUCUUAACCAUCCUACUUCAAGAACAUAUAAGUGGCCUUCAGGUCUUAAAAGAUGGGGAAUGGAUUGGUGUUAGGCCUAUUCCUAAUGCAUUUGUAGUUAACAUAGGCUACAUAUUACAGGUGAUCAGUAAUAAUAAGUUGAAGGGUGCUGAACAUCGGGUGGUGACGAAUUCGAGCGAUCAUCGGAUAUCGGUCGUCUUCUGUAUGAAUCCGGCUGGUAAUAGCAAUAUAGAGCCUGCGAAAUCUGUGGUUACUGCAACAAAUCCACCACUGUGUAGAGGUUUUCAAUUCAAGGAGUUCCUGGAUAAUUUUUAUUCCAUGGAAGGGGAUGCUGACUUAGCUUUACAGCCUUUUAAGCUGUAAAAGGCUUAAAUUAAUGAUUGAAUGAAACAAGUUAAUUUUUUGUUAUUAGAUUAUGUUAUUUUAUAUUUAUCGGUACAUUGUAUUUCAUAUGGAAUCAAUAUAUUUUCAUCUUCUUUA